CGCAAACGCAAAAGAGACCAGCGCCGUCGCUUAAUGAACGCCAUUCGAAGGCCGCUUGACGGACUAGCGACCGGCCUUCAUUGCCGACCUGCUGUUCUCCAUGCCUCGUCGAACGUUCUCGGCGGGGUCCCGUUUCUGUCCGAUGUCCAGCCCACAGAAACGCCGGCAUCUGCCCCACCUAUGCAAUGCGAAGCUGCGAGCGAAAGAAUGAAAUCAUAAGAGCUAUACAUUUACCAAGGCAAUCCCGUCCUUUUCCAUAUACUCGACUUACUUCUUUCUCCCUUCCAUAAAUCGGUAUUGAAAGAUAGCAAGCACUCGACCACAACCCAUCUACCAAGCGAAAGACACAACAAUGGCUCACAAUAUCCUUAAGGUGAAGAGCGGCGUUAUCUACGGUGACGACGUAAAGAACCUCUUCAAGUACGCUCAAGAGAAGACCUUCGCCAUUCCCGCCAUCAACGUCACCAGCUCUUCCACCGCUGUCGCAGCGCUCGAAGCCGCGAAGAACGCCAAAGCACCCAUCAUCCUCCAGGUCUCGCAGGGCGGUGCCGCGUACUUCUGCGGCAAGGGCAUUGACAACAAGAACCAGGAAGCAUCCAUUGCUGGUGCCGUGGCUGCUGCGCACUACAUCCGCGCCGUCGCGCCUGCAUAUGGCAUUCCUGUCAUUCUCCACACCGACCAUUGCGCCAAGAAACUCCUGCCAUGGCUCGACGGCAUGCUCGAUGCGGACGAGGCGUGGUACAAGGAGCACGGUGAGCCGCUCUUCUCCAGCCACAUGAUCGAUCUGUCCGAGGAGGAGGUCAAGUACAACAUCGAGACGACCGCCAAGUACCUCAAGCGUGCCGCUCCAAUGAAGCAAUGGCUUGAGAUGGAGAUUGGCAUUACCGGUGGCGAAGAGGACGGCGUCAACAACGAGUCCGUUGACAACAACAGCCUCUACACCCAGCCCGAAGACAUCUACGAGAUCUACAAGACGCUCAGCCCGAUCAGCCCAUACUUCUCCAUCGCCGCCGGCUUCGGCAACGUGCACGGUGUUUACAAGCCUGGCAACGUCAAGCUCCACCCUGAGCUGCUCAGCAAGCACCAGAAGUACGUGCAGGAGAAGGAGGGCACGAAGGAGGAGAAGCCUGUCUUCCUUGUCUUCCACGGAGGCUCCGGCUCCAGCAAGAAGGAGUACCAAGACGCCAUUUCGUACGGUGUCGUCAAGGUCAACCUCGACACUGACUUGCAGUACGCUUACACCGAGGGUAUCCGCGACUACAUGAUUGGCAAGAAGGACUACCUGAGCAGCCAAGUCGGCAACCCGGACGGCGCGGAUAAGCCGAACAAGAAAUACUACGACCCCAGAGUCUGGGUGCGUGAGGGCGAGAAGACCAUGACCAAGCGUAUUGCGGAGGCACUCAAGGACUUCAACGCCGCGGACCAGUUGUAGCACAUUCGUGCAAGCGUGGCGAUCGGAGCGGGUGGUGAGGGGCUAGGCGGUUGGCGAGAGGUGAGAAUGUUGUAGAUACCGAAAAGUGCAGCCAUUGGGAAUAUGCCG